GCCAGUUGCUAUAACUUUUUAUUAUACACUAAAGUCUCUCUCUCAGUUGCUAUAACUGUUUAUUGUAUAAAGUAAAGUCUCUCCUUCAGAAUAAGUUUAAAUAAUAUAAAUUUAUUAACUUUUAUUUAAGAAAAUUGUGUAUUACUUUGUGACUAUUUAAUUGGAUACAUUUUGGAUAAACUUAAAGAGCUGAAAUCAAAUAUCAACAAAUUGUUUUUUAUUGGACCCACUGUCCGAUUGAAAAACACAAGAGAAGAAGAAGGUUCAGAAGGUUUCAAGUAUUAAGCUCACAAAAUUGAUUAUUUAGAACAGAAUCUAGUGUCAAACAGCAUCAACGUGGCGCUCCAUUCAACGGAAGCCUUGAUGGCUGCGGGAUUUCUCAAAUCGGGUGAUUUGGGGCCACAUCCGCAUAGCUAUGGUGGGCCACAUCCGCACCAUUCGGUGCCUCAUGGCCCAUUGCCGCCGGGUAUGCCGAUGCCGUCAUUGGGUCCCUUCGGUCUGCCACAUGGUCUGGAGGCUGUUGGGUUCUCCCAAGGUAUGUGGGGCGUCAACACACGUAAACAGCGACGCGAAAGAACCACAUUUACACGUGCCCAAUUGGAUGUACUGGAGGCAUUAUUUGGUAAAACUCGCUAUCCCGAUAUAUUUAUGCGCGAAGAAGUUGCCCUAAAGAUCAAUCUGCCCGAAUCGAGAGUACAGGUUUGGUUCAAAAAUCGUCGGGCCAAAUGCCGGCAACAAUUGCAACAGCAACAGCAAUCGAAUAGUUUAAGCAGCUCGAAAAAUUCCAGCGGCAGCAAUGCCAGUUGCAGUGGCAGUUCGGCAAAUAGUCGCGGCAGCGGCAGCAACAGUAACAACAACAACAACAAUAAUAAUAGCAGCAACAAUUCCAACAGCAACCACAACAGUGCCAGCAGCAACAACAACAACAACAACAACAGCAAUAGCCACAACCACAGCAACAAAUCGAGUCAGAAACAAAAUCAAAACUCCGCCUCAAAUGCCAGCGGCUCAUCAAGUGGGCCAGGUGGUGGAGGAGCCGGCGGUGGCGGCGGCGGCGGUGUCGGUGGCAGCAGCUCAGCAGCAGCAGUGGCAGCAAGUGCCGCUGCAGUGGCAGCCGCGCAAUCGAUUAAAUCACAUCAUAGUUCCUUCCUGAAUGCAUCGGCCACCACAAGCGGUGGAUCCACAUCGAGCAGUAGUAGUAGCGGCGGCGGCGGCAGUGGACACAUCUCGGCGGCAGCGGCGGCAGCAGCAUUGAAUGUAACGGCAGCGCAUCAGAAUUCCUCACCAUUGCUACCCACACCGGCCACAUCGGUGAGUCCUGUGAGCAUUGUGUGCAAGAAAGAGCAUCUGGCCGGCGGCUAUGGCAAUGGUAAUGGUAAUGGCGGCGGCGGUAAUCUGGGAAUGGGCGGUGUAGGCGGUGGCCUAGUUGGUGUUGGCGUGGGUGUGGCCCACUAUGAUACAUUGAAAGAUGCCGGCGGCGAAAUGGGCAGCAGCCUUGUUGGCGGUGGCGGCGGCGGCGGCGGUGGAUCAUCGUCAUCUGUCCAUCAUCAUCAUCAUCAGAGCAUUUAUGGUAGUGUGGCGGCAGCAGCAGCCGCCAGCAGUAAUCCCCGCCUGCUACAGCCUGGUGGCAAUAUCACACCCAUGGAUAGCAGCAGCAGCAUAACCACACCCUCUCCGCCCAUUACACCAAUGUCACCGCAAUCGGCAGCAGCGGCCGCCCAUGCCGCUCAAUCGGCCCAAUCGGCGGCCCAUCAUUCCGCCCAUUCGGCCGCCUAUAUGUCCAAUCAUGACUCCUACAACUUCUGGCAUAAUCAGUAUCAACAAUAUCCGAAUAACUAUGCCCAGGCGCCCAGCUAUUACUCGCAAAUGGAAUACUUUAGCAAUCAGAAUCAGGUUAACUAUAACAUGGGGCAUUCCGGUUAUAGUGCCUCCAAUUUCGGUUUAUCCCCAUCGCCAUCCUUCACAGGGACCGUUUCGGCGCAGGCAUUCUCGCAGAAUAGCCUCGAUUACAUGUCGCCGCAGGAUAAAUAUGCGAACAUGGUGUAGAAUCUACUGUUCCAAUACUGUGGCGGCAGCACCACCAAUACCACAACCACCACCACCACCUCAGGGGGCAGCGGUGG